AUGUGCGGAGUGGUAGGUGGAGCUGUCUUGCUGAAACCACAUAUCUUACAGAUCUAUGCCGUCCAGUUGAGAACACAAGAACUCCUUUAUCAUAUUCCUGUAACGAAUGCCGUUCACAGUCACUGCAAUUUCGGUCUCUUCUUCAAAAGAAUGGAAAUGCGCUUCAUCGAAGAUGGCUUUUUUCGAAAUAUUGGCAUUGAUUUCACUUUGCCCCAUUGCCAAUUGAACGAAUUGCCGGAGCAUUCCAUGGUCUACUGGUUUGAGCUCCUGACCGGUUUAACGGGUCUUAUUACGGCUUCACGUUACGAUUACGGUUAUCAUCCCAGUGCCGAGGAGUUUGAUAACAUUUUACGCGAAACGCGACGUACCUGGACACACUCUUUUCUUAAAGCCGACAGAGAUCGUCUCUUAAAGAGUACUGUCCAGCGUCGUUAUGAUGAUAAUGUAGAGAAUCGUGCAAAAUCGGAAGACAGAUAUUUUGUGCCGAAAUUUCAAUAUGACAAUGAACCAAAAAAAUUUCAACAAUUUACACAAAUUCCUUCUUUGACCAACAAACAUCAUUAUGAUUUACAGCUGGCUUCAUCGCACAAACAGCCAGUGCCUUUGCAGAAUAUUGGUUCAUCUCUGGAUUUUAACUAUUUUAGUGAUGAAUUGCCAAAACCUUCAUUCAAUACGCCCCAGCAUAUACAACAUACACUAGUAAGACAACCCACAGAGGCUACUACUGCAACGGCUACUAAACCGUUUACCCCGCCCUUGCCAGAAAUCAAUUUGAAACCUAUAGCCAAACCGGAUUUUUUGAAUUCCAACAAAUAUUCUUUAAAUAAUCUGUAUAGAAAUAAUAGUCAAGGACAUUUUCCCAUAUAUUUUACUAAUCCAGCCACCGGCAUAGUCUAUGCCAUAACAGAAAUGGGCAAAUCCACAGAAAAUAUAACCAAAACUAACGGCAGCAUACCCAUUUUCAUAACCAAGGAACAAUACGAACGAGAUAUUUUCCAGCUGAAACAUGAAUAUGAACAAAAAUGCCAAAACUUUCGCUCAAGUACCACAUCAAGACCUCAAAUCAUAAGGUUACAAAAACCACCCUCUCCGGCUCUAGCAAUAACAUCAUCAAAAUUUGCCCCACCCAAUGCUGCAGCCAGCCCACUUAAGAAACCCUCUCCGGUGGUGGUUAAAACAGAGCUGACCGUUAAGGACAAGAAGUCCUCAACUGCAAGACCUUUAAGGAAAAAGAAAAAGAAGACAAAACUAAAGCGUAAAAUUAAGAAACCAAAUCCUCCCGGUCGUAAACCUUUGGGCACCACAAUAAGACCUGUUUUGGCCAAUCAGCCACAAGGUCCUGCCAUUAUAAUAGGUUCUAGAACAACUACCCGAAAACCUUUAACAAACAAUGAAAAACUAUCCACACAACUGGAAAAACCAAAUUUUGAUAAUAUAUUUUCUAGUGCAAUGCAGCCACAAAUAUCGAGUCCUCAGACAGGAACACUGAAUCCAAAUCUAUUUAUCAAUAAUCAUAGGAUUAAUAAGCGUUCACUGGAAAAGGGACUGACAAGUGUUAAUACAAGUUCGGAUAAUGAAACUAUUUUGAUACAAGAUAUCAAUACGAAUACGGAUGCUACAUUUACUCACGCCACACAAUUAAGACCUCCAACAUUUUUCAAGAAAAUUAUGAACAAACCUACAAAAUAUUUAUUAAAAACCUCAACUGAUGAUCUCUUGAUCAAUAACAAUUUAACCAAAAUGGACUCAUUUGAACAGGAGAGAAAUAAUUUGUCUAAAUUGACAGAAACUGUGCAAGAGUUUUUAAAUAAUAAAAGUGAAAAUAUCCUACUGAAAUUAAACGAAAAUUUAUCCAAAACUAAUAGAGAUUUUAAAAAGUCUAAUAAACUAGAAAGUGACGCUAAUCUUCCAGUAACGAAUAUUAAAUUAAAAAACUUCUAUGAAAACAACUCCACUUAUGGAAAUCUAUUAAGAACUAAAAGUGACUCUCCUAAAACAAAACAAAUUUUAACACAAAAUUCAAAAAUUUCGAAAUUAAAAUCCAAUCAAACCUCGCAGAAUAUAACAAGUGAUUUUCAAACUUUUACAAACCAAACUCAGUCCAAAACUGCAAGUGAUUUAAGAACAACAAAUUUUUUAAAAAAAUUAACUAGAGAAAACUAUGAAAUUACUUCUUUGGAUAUCGAACAUCAUAUAAAUAAAAGAUCUAUUACGAAUUUAACAACAAAUAAUUACACUUCUCCAAAGUUUAUUAAAAAAUCUAAUAUGACUUUGAAUACCGGCAUAAAUGAAAGAUCACAAAACAAUACCAUUGAAACUACAUUGAAAACUAAUAACCAAAAUUCAGAACAACAAAGAAGUUUGAAAACAGAUAUUAAACAUUCAGAAAAUUCCACACAAAUCAAUAAAACUCAACGACUUUUAGCCACACGAAAUCCAAAUGGAAAAAGAUCUUUAAAACGUACAAAACAUUUAAACAGGAGCAAACAAAGAUUAUCAAAAAUGAAAAUAAACCGAAAUUUACAGGCAAAUCCAACCUCUACAUUUAACAAAACAAAUACCAAGUCCAAUUUGAACACUACACCAAGGACUGUAAAGCAGGGAGGAAAAAAACUGGCCAACAAAAACAAAAAAAUGGAGAAAAAAUCUGAAAGACAACAGGAUACAGAAUAUUAUUUUUUUGAUAUGGGUGAAAACUAUGAUGAGGAAGAGGACGAUGAAGAUGAGGGAGAGGACUAUGAGGAUGAUGAUGAGGAAGAGGAUGAAGAAGACGACAAUGAACAUAAUGAAAUACUAGCCUAUGAUGAUAAUGAUGUUCCCCAAACUCACACAAGUGAGACCAGUCUAUCCUUGGAAGAUUUAAGUGAAAAACCCACACAGGAAACCAGCAGUUCCCCCGAGGAAGAUGCCGAUAUAGGUGCCUUAGAAAUAGAGCGUGUUGAUUUUAAAAAUCCCAUACUAGAUUAUGAUAAUGUUGGCAACAUAGGUUUAAAAACCAAAUCCACUUACAUCAAGAAACGCAUACGCCGUCGACCGCCACAACUAAAAAUCGAUGACGAUGAUUAUGAGGAAGACGAGGAGGACAGCAGUAUGAGUUCUAAUCUGGGAGGAUUUUUUCGCAUGAUAUUCUAUCCCAUACAAGUGGUAAUGAAUAGUGUCAUGGAUUCGAUUGGCGGCAAAGCAUCAGACGACGAAGAAGAUGAUCCCGCCUUUAAUCCUUAUACACAAUACACUUCCUACCACAAUACCCUGAAACAACAUACUAGCGCUGAAUAUGAUGAAGACUAUGAUUCCAAUGAAUCUAGUGGUUCUUCCAUUAGCAGCUGGUUGAGUUCAUGGUUUGGUUUAAAUCGUCGCAAUAAGAAAAUUGGCAGUACCACAGUUGCACCCGUUCAAAUGAAGCCCACCAAGUCAUCUACAAGUUGGCUGCCAUCAUGGUUGGGUUUUGGUGCAAACGAUAGAAUUUCCACGGAAACUUCAUCUACCGAAGAAUAUGAUGAAUAUGAUAAAUGGUUUGCCAGUUGGUUUGGUGACACGAAACCAAAGGCCAGAAAGAGAACUACUACCACGACUUCGACGACCACACAAAUACCACAUGUGCCCAUACUGACUAUUGUGGAUCCCAUGAAAAAUCCACAAAAUUGGAUUGGCAUAUUGGCACAUCAUAUUAUCAAUCAUACCUCCAGCUCUACAGCAAAUCCUUUAAAGGAUAUGUGGAAUCAGGUGACCAGUACGACCACAGAAAAUCCUGAAAUAGCCAGAAAGAUUUCCUACGAUAAAUAUCAGAUAUGGCGACUCAAGCCACAAGAUGACAGCCAGGUUAAAGCUUUGGAGGAAUAUAAGAAAAGUGAGGAUGGCAUUAAGCUGCAGUGGUUAAAGGGCCCCAGUUUAAGAGGUUUAACUGAUGUCUUGGUGCCACCCAAAAUGUUGGUGGAUUUUCAAGCCUCCUUAACUUUUGAACUCGUUGAUCAUGAGGUUUUGAUAUUUGAUGUGGGCAAAGCUAUAGCCUAUGAAAAGACCAAAGAAGAUUAUUUCUUUACUACCACUCAAAAGCCUAAGAAACAUCACAGCAAAAGUCCUACACCAAUGGCAACGGGCAUGACCUGGCGCAAAUAUUACGAAUACGAUGACAUUAUUAAGUUUUUGGAAACAAUGCGCAUGCGUUUUCCCCAUUUGGUGGAACUGAUACAUAUUGGUCGUUCCUAUGAGGGCCGACCCUUGAUUAUAAUGAAAAUUGAAAGCAAGGAAGCGGCUGCAGUGAAUUCGGCCCAUUAUCCAGCGCAUGAGCGCAAUAAAUUGCGUCACAAGAAGCGAAUAGGUUUGGCAAAUGCGGUUUUCAUUGAGGCCGGUACACAUGGCAUGGAAUGGAUUGGUCCGGCAACGGCUACAUGGAUUAUAAAUGAGUUGCUGAGAAUUAUGAAGAGUAAUAAGAGCAAUAAAAUCAAAAGUUUCAUACGCAACACCACUUGGUAUAUUCUGCCCGUGCUGAAUCCGGACGGUUACGUUUAUAGUCAUGAAUUUGAUCGGUUUUGGAAGAAAUCUAGAUCUCGUCAUAUUUCUCGUCCUUCGGGUAUUUUGAAUUCAGCCAUGACUUGGUUGCAAAAGAAACGGGCCAAGGAGAAGGUUUGUUUUGGCGUUGAUUUGGAUCGCAAUUGGCAUUAUCAGUGGGGUAGACGUGGCAGCUCCAAGACGCCUUGCAAUGAAUUCUAUGCUGGACCGACGCCAUUUUCAGAGCCGGAAACAAAAGCUGUUUCCGAAUUUUUAAUGGAUUAUCGAACACAAAUUAAGCUUUUCGUAUCCAUGCAGGCUUAUGGACAAAUUAUUAGUUAUCCCUACAAAGCCAAUACCACCUACGACACCGAACGUUUAGAUGACCUAUUGGAUGUAGCAAUGGUGGGCACAGAUGGUUUGCGUAAAAAGGGCAGCAAAUCGAGAUAUAAAAUUGAUUCUUCUAAUGAUUUGAUAGAGAAUAGAUCUGGUUGUUCCGAUGCUUUUGCCGCCUACGAAGUGGGCAUACCAUUCAGUUACACUCUACAGUUGGCAGAUAAUGGGGUUCAUGGUUAUUUGCUGCCUAGUGCUUCUAUAGAGUCGACGGCCAAGGAUUCAUUUCAAAUAAUAACCGGAAUGUUGGAUUAUAUAUGA